GAUAUUUUCUCAUCGCUCUAAUAAUAGAACUAUCUUGGGUAAUAAUUUUUGGAAAAUUUACUUUUCAAUUAAGUAUGCAUCUCUGUUUUGGAGGUAAAUAACUGAUUUACAUUAGCUAUAAAGAGAAUCGGCUAACUUUUGGGAAGGAUGUUGCCCCACCAAAGAAGAAGAGCUUAGUUCAACGAAUCAGAGAACAGACUCGAAGAAAUAAGCAGUGCCAUAAGAAGUUAUAUAAGACCCUUCAGCAAGUGAAUGAGACUGUUGAAGACAUAAAGACUAUUAAUCAUCAUCAGAAUACAAACUUUAGCAAAAUUGAAUCAAAACUUGAGAAUAUUAUCAAGAACUAUCUCUGCCCUCUACAGGAAAGUGAUUCAUGCUGUAGAUGCCAAUCUGAUACAAACAUGGCUAAGUCUCACAUUCAAUCCCUUGCAGAUGAGUUUUUGCAAGAGUUGUUAGACCUCUUCACGAAUCAGGAAAACGAAUAUAUCAAUCAGUUAGAACUGUUUAAACUUGAGGAAGAAAUCAAAAUUGAAGAGAAAUUAGCAGCAUAUAGUUCAAUGACAAUCAAGCUUGAAGAGUCAAUGCAGAUGGCUAACUCACAGUCCUCGAUUAAGAACAUGAUCACUGAAAUGAACUCUUUGCAAGAGUCAAUGCAAGGGAGAGUUCAAAAUUUGAAAAAUUUGCAUUCACAGAGAGAAAGCAUCGAGCUACAGGUUAUUGAUGAGUUACAAGAUAAUAAUAUUCCUGCGAUUGAUUUAUCCAAAUUAUUGGAUACUGUUUCUUAUGAUGCUAAAGAAAUCGCAUUCAACACUACCCAGGCAGUGGAUAUGAAGACUGCGAUUAAGGAAUUCAAAACCCAUCGAAGUCUAGAGCAGAGUGAACUGGAAUAUAUUACUAGCUCUCUUAGCAGAUAUGAUAAAGUGAGGGAGGACAUCGAGAUUGAGAUCCAGCAGCUACAGAAAAAGAACCUCUUACUAGAGCAAGAGGUUCGAAAUAAAGAUGGAAUUAUCGAAAAACUUGAGAAUGCGAAUAGAAUUUUGACUAACUCUACUUCUAAUAAACUCAACUGUAGCUGGAUUUCAGCUAUUCCAAGAACAACAAGACCUAGAAACAAAGGGGCUCUGAGAGUCAUGGCAAGCCACAUUAGAAGGAAGAACUUAAGUCAGGCAAUGUCAGAAACCAAGAGGUCUAGCUUCAAGACCCCUGAAGUAGCGAAUAAACAUAUUGAUCAUACCAAAGAGGCUAAUACUGCAGAAAUUUUAAAGAAUCCUCAACUAGAUAUUCAGUCGAACAACUCACUGGUUGAAAAUAAUGGACAAAUUGUAGAUCUCUCUGACAUUCUCCAGACCCCAGAUGAAGACACUUCUGGGUUCCAAAACCUUUUAGAGGAUGAGAUAUUGUCCAACGAUUUGGCAUCCCUCUCAAACAAUGAGCCUGAUAACAUCCAUAACUUAAAUAGCGGGAUGGAUAAUAGUGACCAGACUCCAAAUUUCCCAAACAAAAUCCAAUCCAAGUUAGAUGCUUUGAAUGAAAAUAGAUUUAAUGAAGAGGCCAUUAAUCUCGAAUCAAAAUAUCUUAACAUGAGUCUUGGAAAUAUUCCAGAGGAGCAUGAGGAGAAUGUGACUCUCUCAGAUAACAAUCCUUCACAUUUAGAUAAAUAUGCGAGUAACAACUCAAAUUUGAGCUCAAGAUGAAUCUCCAAUUCAAAUAGCAAUGCAAAGGAGAUUUUAAGAAUUAAGCAAGAACGAAGCAAAGGGAGUGGAGAUAGCAGAUUCUCUACUUAUAUGACAUCUGAUAAUAUGAAGCAGAGUUUUUUGAAUGAGACUACUAAGUUCCAGGAGGAUUCCUUCAUCAAAAUGAAGAUCCUCCCUGAAAGAAACGAUGAUAGUAAUAGUUAUAAGGACAGCUCUAAUGAAAAGGCAGUUUUGAGUGGAUUCAAGCCAAACUUGGAAAAUAAUGAAAACAGCUCUUUAGUCUCAAACAGUGGCAAUAAAGAUAGGAUCAACUACAAGUCUAACCGAGGCGCAAUUCAGCCAAGGAGAAUUUUUGGAUAAUUCAUUUUAUAUCUUAGCAAUAUGCAUC